CCGCUAGGCGCCUCGGCCUAUCAGGAGCCGCCGGCCGCGCCGAGGGAAGGGAUAUAAGGGCGGGCCUCAGGGCGCGGGCAGCUCGCCUGCUUUUUUCCGGCAGCAGCGGGAGCUUAGGGCCGGCCGGCUGACCGAGCGAGGAUGUCCGGGCGCGGGAAGCAGGGCGGGAAGGCGCGUGCCAAGGCCAAGUCGCGCUCGUCGCGGGCCGGGCUGCAGUUCCCCGUGGGCCGCGUGCACCGCCUGCUGCGCAAGGGCAACUACGCGGAGCGGGUGGGCGCCGGCGCCCCGGUGUACCUGGCGGCCGGGCUAGAGUACCCGACCGCCCGUUCUGAGGUCACAUGGGGAGGGCUCAAUGGUAGUAUUGACAACCGGCUGCGAAACAUAGCUGCUACUAACUGGAUGAAAAUUAGUCAUGCGUGUCAAAUGAACAACAAAACUGGCUAUGUCAGCUACGUGUAUGUGUACCUCCAUGUUUUCAAAGGCCUGACAUCAUUCUGA